AUGAGUGAUAGUGGCCCUACUAGGGAUCCAGACCCGGACGGGUUUAUUAUGUUAACAAAAAGGAAAAGAAAUUUGAAAGAUCCUUUAACGGACCCAAAGAAAAAAAGAAAUUCAAAAACAAAUAGUGACACUGAAAAUAGUGAUAUGGAAGAAGAGUGUGAAACAAUUAAUUCAAGACGCAAACCAGCACCAAUAGUCAUCAAAGCAAAUGAUCUAGACCACAACAAUAUGAUAAAACUAACACAAGAAAUAAGAUCAAUUUUACCAAACACGAUGGUUAAGCAUUCAAGAGCUACAUUUACAAUCUAUCCAUACACAACUAUUGACCACAAAAACAUAGAAGCGCACCUGCAGAAAAAAAAUAUUCCUUACCACACAUAUACACAGCCAGAAAUCAAAGAAAAGAAAUUCGUAAUCAAAGGACUGCCUAGGAUAGCCGCAGAACACAUCAUAGAGGAAUUGAAACUACAAGGAGUAGAACCAAUUAAAAUAUCUGAAAUGAAGACAAAAAAAGGCAUUCAAACUAUGUACCCGUUCUAUUACCUAUCAGUUGCUGCUAAUACUGAUGUAAACGCAGUCUAUAAAAUCAGACACAUAGAAGCCUAUAUCGUCAGAAUAGAACGUUUCGUCAGUACAAGACAAGGCACACAGUGUUACAACUGUCAAGAAUUUGGGCAUGGCUCAUCGAACUGCCAUAGGAAAUGA